AACAAGAAUGUUUAUAUUUGGGCUGGAUUUUUCACCAUUUCUCUAGUCGUCUACUCUAUGCUAUCGGGAGGAGACUUUUCUUUUCUAAUGACGUAUGGUGCCAUGUCACGGAUGUUUGGCUUUGGAAUUCUUAACGUCAAAACCUUCAAGUCAGAGCGAGCAUCUGGUGUUUCCGUCAAAACUCUUCAGCUCUACUGUCUGGUUUUCUUCUUCCGACUCACUUCCAUCAUUCGGCAUGAGGGAUAUUUGCCGUACGACAAAUCGGGUGACUGGUUGUAUCAUUUUAUCGAGAUUGCUGCGCUGCUGUUCACCGCGAGUGCAUUGUACGGAUGCAUGGUCCCUUUUAAAGGAACGUACCAAAAAGAGCUGGAUCGGUUCGGAGAAUUCAAUGUCCCAGAAGGCUUAGGCGCUAUUUACUUGGCUGGACCCAUUCUGAUCAUUGCUAUUUUGAUUCAUCCUAACUUGAACGCUGAUUUCAUUAGCGAUACGGCAUGGACGUACGCGAUGUACUUGGAAUCUACAGCUCUCAUGCCACAACUUUACAUGUUCCAAAAGCAGGCUUCGGGAGUCGUCGAGCUUCUCACGGCACAUUUUGUUGCAGCCCUGGGUUUCGGUCGGCUCAUGGAGUUCUUUUUCUGGAUCUACAGCUAUCAUGAGUUGGCCAAUAGCUCGGGCUCGAAGCUUCCGGGAUAUCUGGCGCUUUUUUCGCAAUUCGUCCAGCUGGUAUUGAUGAUUGACUUUUUCUGGUACUAC